UCUCCCCUAACGACCCUAAACUCUAUGGUAGCGCCGUGCUUAGAAUGAGGAGGGGGUGGAUGUGACGCUAAGGGGAGUUGGCGGGGUAUCGUGUUUCCGGUUGUGGCUGGUGCGGGAUUGUUGCCAUGGCGUACUCUGCGUUCCGGAAAGUGGCUUUGGCCUCUUGCAUAGUGUUAUGCGUGUCGCUGCUCCUGCCGAAGGUCUUCCGUUCGCGGGGCUGGAGGCAGCCAGAGCCCUCCACUGCCCUCCCGUCCGCUCCGUCUGCCAUACUGGAGGAAAAAAGCAGUAGCCACUUUCCUCCAACAGCGCGUCCCCAGAUAUCUCCAGAAGUCAGACCACCUGCUCCCCAUUUUCCAAGAUCUCACCUUGCUGAGGCCAUUGCCAAAGCCAAGGGUGGAGGCGGAGGAGGAGGUGGAGGCAGCAGCAGUGGGAGAGGUCUUGUAGGACAAGUCAUCCCAAUAUAUGGAUUUGGGAUCCUAUUAUACAUCCUAUACAUUCUUUUUAAGCUUUCUUCUAAGGGGAUGAUCUCAACAGUUGAGCAUAAAUGUCCUCCUUCAGCACCUGGAAAUAAAAACCGGAAGAUCACUGAUUAUGAACUUGCUCAGCUUCAAGAUAAACUGAGAGAGACUGAAGAAGCCAUGGAAAAACUAAUCAACAGAGUGGGACCCAACUGCGAAAGCAGGUCCCAAAAUGUCACUACUGAUCAGGAGAAAAGGCUUCUCCAACAACUCCGAGAAAUUACUAAAGUCAUGAAAGAAGGCAAACUUAUUGACAGCAUCUCCCCUGAAAAAGAAGCAGAAGAGGCUCCUUAUAUGCAAGACUGGGAAGGUUAUCCAGAAGAGACCUUUCCUGUUUAUGAUAAUUCUGAUUGCUUCAGGCACAGACAGGACACGAUUCUGGUAGAUUGCCCAGAUCCAAGCCAGCCUUCUGCUGAAGAGAUAGCUGAGAGAAUGGAGUUUCUGGACAAUGAGGACUGUUUGUGUAGUGAAACUCUUUUGUCUGCUCUUGCCAUAGUGAACAAUGGCUCUGCAGCAGGAUCUGAGAAGAACCAGCAGACCACAUUCAGUGCUCAGAGUGGGACUGGCCAUAACUUUGAGGAAUGCUAUUGUUGCCACUAUGAAGAGGAUGAUCCUGCUGUUCUAGCAGAAAAUUCAGGAUUCUUCUCUGAUAGCUGCAGUGAAACAGAAGAGCUAGUCAAAGGGGAGCUGCUGGUGGAUUGUGAUUAUGAAAAUAUGGUAUCUACAGAGCAAAAGGAUGGAGAUCCCGAUGAAAUUGGUAUCCUAAGAAAGCGAAACACAAAAGGCACUGAGUUGCUAGGACACUGAGGAUUGUGCACAAUCAUGUCACUUGUACAGACUGUGAUCUUUGCUUUUAGGACAAAGCUUAUCUUCUCUGUUGUGUGUCCAGUUGAAAUCCUGCAACAGUAUUAAUUGUCUCCCUUGCUGUAGCCUCCAAAGAUUUUGAAAACACGAUCAUUUUACACAGUUUUUCUAUGCACUUUUCUUCAGCUUUUGUCUUCAA